AUGCAAGGGAGCAAACACCAGGCCGGGAGAGGCCGCCGCCACCGUGAGGGAGGAGCUGGGCUGCACGCGGGCCGCCAGGAGGCAGGCAGGGACUUGGUCCCGGGAGGCCGCCGUGGGGCGACAGCUGGGUCUGAAGAGGCCCCUGGGAGGCAACAGCGGGGCCUGCAGAGGCUCUUCUCCAGCCAGAGCUGGGCCUGUACAGGCCACCGGGAGGCAGGACGUGGGCCUGAAGAGCUUGGCUGCAGAAACUUCGGGGCCUACAAACGCCAGCAGGAGCUGAGCCAAAAGAGCUUGCUUGCUGGGAGUCAGGAGCUGGGCUGGGAGACGCAGCCAGGAGGAACAGCUGGGCCUGCAGAGGCCACCAUGAGGGAGGCAGAGGCUGGGCCUCCUCAAGUCGGCCUCUCCAGACCCACUUGCAGCCUCCCGGCAUCCUCUCUGGGCCCAGUUCUUCCUCCCGGCUGCGUCUCCAGGCCCGAUUCCGGCCUCCCAACAACCUCUUUGGACUCAGCUCCCGCCGAGCUCCCGGCGGCCCUGGUAGGCCCACAACUUCGUGAAGCCAAGCUCCCCAGGCCCAGCUCAGGCCUCACGGUGGCCUCUCCAGGCUCAGCUCCUGCCCUCCGACGGCGUCUCCAGGCUCCAAACGGCGUCGGGUCGGUGGGCUCCUCCUGGCCCAGCUUGGGCCUCCCGGCAACCUCUGCAGGCCCAAGUCAUCCUGAAGUCAGCCUCUCCAGGCCCAGCUCUGGCCUCCCGCCCAGACUGUCGUCAAGUCGUCCUGUCCUGCCUCCCGGCGGCCUCUCCAGGCCUGGGGUGGCCAACUUGAGGACGACUUGGGCCUGUAGAGGCCGCUGGGAGGAAGACCUGGGCCUGGAGAGGCUGACUGGAGGAAGUGCAGGGUCUGGAGCGCAUGCAAGGGAGCAAACGCCAGGCCGGGAGAGGCCGCCGUGA